AUGUUCGGAACCCUCGUCGACUAUUGGCAUCUCACUGGAGAUAACUCAUACAACGCUGCCACAUUACAGGCACUGGUGCACCAAGCAUCUCCUAAAGAAGACUUCUUGCCCACCAACCAGUCGCGAAACGAAGGAAACGAUGAUCAAGGCUUUUGGGCCAUGGCAGCUAUGAGCGCUGCCGAGAACAAGUUCGUUGACCCUCCAAGCGAUCAGCCUCAGUGGCUCGCCCUGGUGCAGUCCGUCUUCAACCAGUACGUAUCUCGAUGGGAGCCCGAAAACUGCGGAGGUGGCAUGAGAUGGCAGAUAUACAGUUUCAACAAAGGCUGGUACUAUAAAAACUCCAUCUCGAACGGGUGCUUCUUCAACGUAGCAGCCAGACUACAUCGAUACACCGGAAAUAGUACCUACGGCGAAUGGGCAACGAAAAUUUUCGAGUGGCAACAGGCGAGUAGUCUGAUUACCAAAGACUAUGGAGUGCAUGAUGGGGUCAGCUUCAACGAAGGCGACCAGAAAUGUCCGCGAAUGGAUAUAAUUGAAUGGACCUACAAUGCCGGCAUUUUCCUCCAUGGGGCCGCUGCCAUGUACAACGCUACUGAAGACGCCAAAUGGAAGACGGCAAUUGAUGGUAUUCUGAAGCACGUACAAACAAAAUUUGUCAAAGAUGGCCUCAUCUUCGAGCAGCAAUGCGAAGGACCCCAAAAUUGCAACAACGAUCAACAGAGCUUCAAGGGUUAUUUGAUUCGGUGGCUUGCGGCCACUAGCAAGCUAGCGCCGUAUACUUACGACACCAUCAAGCCGCUGCUUCAAAAAGCAGCUACGGCUGCUGCCAGCGUCUGUAUUGGCACAGCUGCACCGCCCAAGUUCAACGGUUUGCCAGGUACCGCCUGUGGCUUUGGAUGGACUACCCCAGGCAAGUUUGAUGGCAUCGUUGCCGUUGGUUCACACAUGAAUGCGCUAGACGCAGUCAUGUAUAACCUUGUGCAAAAAGCUGCCCCUCCUGUGACGCAGAAAUCGGGCGGUACAUCCAAAGGCAAUCCUGCGGCGGGCAGCGGCGGUACCAAGGACCCAACAGCACUAGAGCCGUUGACAGGGGCAGAUAAGGCCGGUGCGGGCAUCCUCACAGUUUUGUGCCUCGCAGGUAUUAUUGGGGGAACUGCAUUUAUGCUUUUAGACAUUAGGUAG